AUGAAUUAUUUAUUGAAGAAUGUACGAUUAAUCGAUGGUAUUCGAGCGAAUAUUGCUGUACCUGACACAGUUUCUCUACCAUUAGGUGGUGAUACUGUAAUUCAUAUUAAUGAAAAAGAUAAAUCGGUACAAGUUGGAUCAGAUAGUGUAGGUUAUCGACUUGAACAAGAAACAUUACCUUUUGGUGGUCAAAUAAUUAGUGGAACUGGUAUUGCUUUGACUGCUUGA